CUAAAAUCCAUCCACACAUUUUUGUACAGAAUCUAUCCACAAGAUGACUAAAAAGAAGGAGAAAAAGGUUGAAGAAAAGAAAGUGGUGGUAGAAGAAAAGAAACCAGAGCCUGAAAAACCUAAAAAGUCCUUAACACCAUCAUUCUUCUCAAGGAAAAAGAAGGAUGAUAAGAAGCAAGAUGCCCAAACACCAUCAACUCCAGGUUCUUCACAAAUCUUUGAACAACAACCAACAACACCAAGAGACGCAACAAGUAGUGAACAAACACCUGUAGUAUUAUCUUCCGAUAAUCAUUUACUUGAAGAUACAACAACUCAAGCCUCCACAACUCUUCAAAGUGAUGAAGUUUCUACUACUUCAGGAACAACAACAACUGAUGAUAGUAUGCUCAAUAGUACAAGUGAUGUUCCUGUUAUUACAAAUAAUGAACCAAUUUCAUCAUUAGAAUUAAUUAAUACAACCACAACUGUAAUGACUGAACAAUAUCAAGAAAAUAAUUUGGGUGAUUCUGUUCAAUCUAUUGAUACUACAUUAACUUCAAGUCAAAUUAAUGAUUCAAUGCUUGCUUCUGUUACAAGUGUAGAAUCAAGUCCAGCAACUCCUGUUGAUGAAAAGAAGGAAGAAGAAACACCAGUUCAACAAGAAACUCAACCAGUAGUUGUUGAAACUAUUGUAGAAGAAAAGAAGGAAGAAAUUGUUGUUGUAGAGACCACUCCAGAAGUAGUUGUUGAUGAAAAGAAGGAAGAAUCAGUUGUUACUGAAACUACACCAACUAGUCCAGUUGUUGUUGAAGAAAAGAAGGAAGUUGAAGUUGUUCCAGAAUCUGUAGUUUCCGAAAAGAAGGAAGAAACACAAGAAACUCCAAUUGUUGAAGACAAGAAGGAAGUUGUUAUUGAAACACCAGUUGUUGAAGACAAGAAGGAAGAAACACCAGUUGUUGUUGAAGAAACUCAACCAGUUGUUGAAACUGUUGUAGAAAAGAAGGAAGAAGAAACACCAAUUGAAUCUACACCAGCUGUUACUGAAUCACCAGUUGAAACAAUUAUUGUAGAAGAAACUCAACCAGUUGUUGUUGAAGAAAAGAAGGAAGAAAUUGUUUCCGAAAAUGUUGAAACUGUUGUUGCUGAAACAACUCCAGUUCAACAAGAAGUUACUGAAGUUAGUGAAGAAAAGAAGGAAGAAACACCAGUUGUUGUUGAAGAAUCUCAACCAGUUAUUGAAGAAAAGAAGGAAGAAUCAGUUAAGGAAGAUCAUGAAGCAAUUUUGGAAAAGGCUUUGGAAUCUACUAGUAUUGAAUCAAUUCCAGAACCUGUUGUUGAACAACCAACUCCAGUUACUGAAACUGUUGUUGCUGAACCAACACCUGUUCCAGUUGUAACUGAAACAACUGAAUCAUCAGAUGAUCAAGAUAAGAAGAUUUUAGAUCAAGUUACUUCUGAAUUCUUUGCUGAAAAAUCAGAACUCAGACAAAUUGUUCAUGAUAAGGCUGAAACUGUUGAUUUAUAUCAUCAAUAUAGAGAACAAGAUGAAAAGGAAAAGAAGAAACUUUUGGAAAAACAAGAACAAACUAAGGCUGCUUCAACAAGUACUUCUACUACUACAUCUACAACAACAACAGAAAAACCAUCUAGUACUAAAACUACUAAAACAACUACUAAAACAACUAUUGAGGAAAGUUCAUCAGCUUUGAAUUGGGUUAUUGGUAUCGGAGCUGUUGCUGCUAGUGCUGUGAUAGGUAUUUUCGCAGCUAAGAAAUUCAAAUUAUUUUAAAUUUUUGUAACAAUAUAGAGUAGUUUAUUAU